UUUGCAUUUGCAUCAACUCCACCACCUGCACGCCAGAGUCUCUACCAUGUCAUUAGUACUCUCUCCCCAACAUCAUACUCGUAUCCAUAUCGACGACUCACCAUGUCGAAUUCCCAGGCACCUGCGGCGGUAUCGAGAACGCGGAGUUUGAAGGUUCCCCCGCUGGGCACCGGCACCUUCAAACCAACCACCACCAGUACCAGUACCACGGCAGUGACAACUACCUCGAACAUCGCGCUCUUCCUCACGAACCUCCGACUCCUGGAUCUCGACUUGAGACCAGACUGGCCAGAUAUCUCGCGGAAGACCUUCUCCACCAAGGACGCCCAGCAGAAUCAGAAGAAGCGCGUGCAGUGCGUCGAGUGGGCGCUGUAUCAAUUGUUUGCGUUAUGGGACCCGGAGGAGACACAGAAUGUUGGUCGUUCCCAUCCGUCUACCACAUGAUCUGCGCUCCUAAUUUUUUCAACAGAAACUACAGCCCUUUUUUCCUCCUCUCGAACCUCUACAAUCUCUCAACCUCCGCGCGGCACUCUUCCGAUGUCUCGAUCAAGCCAAGAAAAACGGUGUGUUAGGGAGGGACACGGUAUUAAGGAAGACCAUGUUGGACGAGUGCAAAGGCGAGAGACUGGAAGAAGUGCUGGCCGUAUUUUCCAAUGCCGUCCUCAAAAGGCUGCUGCAGCAAAGCGCACCGCCAGAAUUGGGCGCCAUCGCGCAGCAGUUGGCCUACGAGAAAUUUUCCUACUCGAGGGAACAAAGCCUACUAUCUGCAUUGAUACUAGCCCAUAAGGCUGCCUUGAAAUCGCAUUUGCAGCAGAAGGAAAACUCGAGGGCCAAGUAUACGGACUUUUCCGAGCUUCUCGGGUUAAAUGAACGCCGGAUUACUCGACGACAUGAGCAAUUGAAGGAGGUGCUUGCGGAACGUGGAAACCAUGAGAAUAUUUCCGCAACAGAUAUCAAAUGUUUCCAGAGCCAGGUACAGAAGAAUUGGUCUGGCAGUGAGGAAUGGCUGGGGACGAUACUAUACGGAGACAGCAAGGUCGGAGAAGAUGGGCUUUUGGCAACUCAAUUCGACAAAGUUUGGAAGAAUGUGGAGGCAGGCACCAUUGGAGAUAUCGAAAGCAAAGGUCGGGUUGGUUUACUGGAACAAUUGGAUGCACGAGUUAAAGAUCAAGAAAACCGCCUGGCAAGAUGGCAAACUUUCAGCAAAGGAAUGUCGAAGAAGGCCAAUAAACCCCCCACUCAGAAAUCCAAUGAUCAAGAAGGUUCCGGGGAGAAGAAGAUAGAUCUCGAUUUCAACCUCCACCAGAAAAUUCAGAUUAGUCGCAGCGGCACUGGGAAAUCUGUUGAGACACAGAGCGCAUCUUUGGAAAAGUAUACGAAACUUAUUGAAAACAUGCGAAGCGAGAUUUCAGAGAUUCGUAAUCCGUCAGCGGCGAAGUAUAAUCAUGUCCCUGUACGGCAAAGUCUAGGUGCACAGAAAAGGAAGUCACUCGUUGUGCCGUCACUGAGGGCAGAAACUCCGCCCAAGGAACAAGAUCAAGAAGAUAUUGAUGAUGAUGAUUGGUCAUUUGCGAGUGACAUUGAACAAUCUUCUCCUGGUUACAGAAGUCAGGCUGCAAGAUCGGUGUCUCGCACUCAGCCACCAGAAAGCCCGCUUCGAUCUUCCCUACGCGAAGAGUCGAAUUCAGACAAGGCUGAUGAGGAAGAAGCCUAUGGUAGCGACGGAGAUAGUGUCGAGGUUGUGUUUCACGACAGAGAGCAGGAAGAAGUUGAAAGGGGAGCUCAAAUCGUGGAGGGAGAGGCCACUUUGUUCGCGGAGGAUACCAUCAUUGCUAACCGAGCACCCCCUCUCUCACCACUGCCUGCUCUUCAUACUCCUCCUCGACGUCUUUCUCCGCCGUCAAGACCACAAGGACAUGAUACUGAGUCUGAUCUUGCAAAUCAGAUCCUGAAUUCCAUGUCUGAAGUAUCACCAUCGCCAAAGAAGCCACGACAGUCAUUAUCGUUAGCAGAGCGGACCCGCUUAUCCAUGGCACGAAAAUCCUAUAUGUCCGAACUUCAGGAUGAAUUCGAUGUUGCACAGUCUCCCCGACUGGCUAUUAAACCAAGACAAUCGUUUGCACCUCCGGUCGUUGAGGAAUCAGAUUUACAUGCAGGACUGAUCGAACGUACGCGAAAGAGCAUGGCAGGGUUUGAAGCUGCUCAAAAGAAGGCCCAGCUCGCUCGUCGAAAGAGUGUGAUUGACGCGAAGAAGAAGGCCAGGGAAUCGACAUAUUUCCCAAAGGUAGAGGAAGAACCACCCGUGCCUGAUAUAAGUGCAAUUGAAUUGAUGGAGGGUGACCCAGACUAUGAAAGCGUAUUCAAAAGUCGCCCCAAGAUCCAGAUGAGUCCAGCUCCUAGUCCUACGAGGGAGAUGGAUGAGGAUCUUGAAUGAAGGCUUUAAAUGGAUCAUAGCCAGUGUGCCUAGAAAGUAUUGUAUCAAAUAGAAAUACA